GGCAGCUCCCAGAAUGAAGUGCAAGCCGAACCAGACCCGGACCUAUGACCCCGAGGGCUUCAAGAAGCGCGCCGCGUGCCUGUGCUUCCGUAGCGAGCGCGAGGACGAGGUGCUGCUGGUGAGCAGCAGCCGCUACCCGGACCGCUGGAUCGUGCCGGGCGGGGGCUUGGAGCCCGAAGAGGAGCCGGGCGGCGCGGCGGUGCGCGAGGUGUACGAGGAGGCGGGAGUCAAGGGGAAGUUGGGCCGGCUGCUGGGCGUCUUCGAGCAGAACCAGGACCGCAAGCACCGGACCUACGUGUUCGUGCUCACCGUCACCGAGCUGCUGGAGGAUUGGGAAGACUCGCUGAGCAUCGGCAGGAAGCGGGAGUGGUUCAAAAUCGAAGAUGCCAUCAAGGUCCUGCAGUGCCACAAGCCCGUGCACGCCGAGUAUCUGGAGAAGCUGAAGUUAGGAGGCUCCCCGAUCAACGGAAAGCCCGCGGUUCGGGCCCCGUCCCCGCCGAGCAAGCCCUAAUGAACAGCAAAGAAGGCCAAGAUUGCUCUAAAGUAAUCAUUGAUGUGAAUCCAGUGUUCAAUAGAAUUGUAAGAUUUGUGUGAGCAUUACUAAGGUUCUCAAGGAGACAAUUCAUCUGGUUUCCCUGCUACCUGUUGGGACACCCCUCCAUCUGUUCUACUGAAUUCUCUUGCUCAAAUUGUUGUACUGUUGUACCUGAACAGACUCUUAAUUCAGCACCUAUAGCCUUUUGUUGUGCUUUUUUUUGAUGUGUCUGCCUUCUCCAUUAGACUGUAUCUUUGAAAGUAAAGACUAUUUUCCUUGCUCUUUGCAUAUUCUGCAUCCAAGACACUACUUGAAAUAAGGUUGGCAUCACUGGGCAUCUUUGAUUCAAUUAAUAUUUUGUAGUCUCUUUGUGGCAAAAUAUUUCCCUUCUAAUAUGGUGCUAGUAGAGUAUAUGAUGUGUAAGCACCAUGUUUGUGGCUUUUGUGUAUGAGGUGUUUCUGAAAUAGUUCAAGACAGUUUAAGAUGUUCAAGGAAAAGAAUGAUUAUUCAUAUUUCUAUGUCAUACACAGUGGCUGACACAAUUCUAGUAUUAUGCCAUCACUUAAGGUAACAUUUUAUAGUCAUUCCUUCAUGUAACAACUUUAGUGUUUUUGUACUGUUAUUAAUUUGCUUUAAGUUAUACUCAAAAAAUCAGUUGCUAAAAAAGUAAUUUAAAAAAUAUAAUGGACAGUUGUAAAUUUUUAUUUAAGAUUUUAAAAUGAUAUGCAAAUAAUGCAUUUAAGUUUUUGCUAUGUCCUAAUCGCUUCUUACAUGUUACCUUAACAUCUCUUUGAAGGAAAUACAGGUAUUUUCCAUUUUACAGAUUCAGUAUAAUAAAUUUGAUGCCAGUACCAAGAAAGGCUGCAGCAUAGGCAGUUUUCAAAGUGAAUUAUGCCAUUGAAUUUGUCUAGGUAUCUUUUACCUCUCUCAUGAUUUCAGUUGGCCUUGAUUUUUAUCCCUUUCUGGUACAGUCAGAUAGCUUGUCAAGGCCACCUACUUUCUGCAUGUGGAAAUACAGAGGGUAAUGAAAGUACUAAAUUGGUGUUCCUUAGAAAAGGCUUUUGAAAAACAAACUGCUGUAUAGGGGGAGGCACAAAAUGAAGGAUUUAAAUGAGAGGGUUGAGUUAGGUCUUUCUAGAAGAACAACUUUAAUAAAAGGAUAAAGAUGUUUAAAGGAAAUUUCACAGUUUUGCCACACAGUGUAUGUCAACACUUGUCCUCAGUUCCUUACAAAUGUCCCAAAGAGGCUCUAGUCUUUAUUUUUUUUGUAAUUUGCAUUAUAACGUAUUACAUUCGGAAAAGCUUGAACUCCAUUUUCGUGUUACACCAUUCUUCAUGGUACCAGUGAAACAUAUUGUGUCCCCACAUCUUAAAGAAUUUCAACACAUCUUAUGAUUUAUUGGAGUUUCGGGUGUGACAUGGUACUGUGGUUAUAUUUUUUUUAAGAAAUCUUGACCUUAUAAAAUCUGUACUGAAAAAUUACUGAUAUGCUACUGGUAUUUGCUUCACUGUAAUCAGGGCAGUAUAAACAAGUUCAUAGAUGAAAUAAGAUUGGCUCUGAUUUGCUAAUUGUUGAAGCUGUGUCAUAGAUGUUUGAGAAUUCAUUAUUAUUCUCUAUACUUUUGUAUAUGUUUAAAAUUUUCCAUAAUAAAAAUUGUAAAAAAAAAGUA